GUAAUAACAAACAUGGUGAUGGUGCAUCACAGAAAUUAAUGGUGGUCUUUGAAUGAGAGAGAGAAAGAGAAAGAAAAAGAAGAACAAAAACAAACCAAGAAAAAAAAAACAAAAAAAAAGGACAAAGAGAAGAAGUGAAGAAAGAAAGUGAGGAGUGAAGCAUGGCUUCUUCAAAUUCACCAUGCGCAGCAUGCAAAUUUCUUCGAAGAAAAUGCCAACCAGAGUGCGCUUUUGCACCAUACUUCCCACCAGAUCAGCCUCAGAAGUUCGCGAAUGUUCAUAGAAUCUUUGGUGCAAGCAAUGUUACGAAGCUUCUCAACGAUCUACACCCUCACCAGCGCGAAGACGCCGUGAAUUCCCUCGCGUACGAGGCGGAGAUGCGCCUUCGCGACCCGGUCUAUGGUUGCGUCGGCGUCAUCUCCCUCCUCCAGCACCAGCUCCGGCAGCUCCAGGUGGAUCUUUACUGCGCUAAAUCGGAGCUAUCUAGGUACCAAAAUUUGAGUAUCAACACCAACCACGCCUUCGUUGGUAGUGAAUCUGGUGCCGUGGGAUACCAGCAUCAGCAGAACAAUAAUUCUGGUUCUGCUGGUGUUGGAACCCGCGACAACAAUAGUUACUACCAACACCAUCACCAUCACCACCACCAUCAGUUCUUUCCGCAACAACAGAUUGUAAGAAGUUUUGAUGGAGGGAGCAAUUAUGAUGCUAGUCUCUUGGCUAUGAACAUCUCCGCUAGCUUAGGGCAGCUCAAUCAGCUUCCGGCUGGCGGCGGUGACGACCGCCGCACCGUCAACAACCCUUCCUAGGGUUUCAUAUAUGAUAUGAUAUGAUAUUACAUAAUUAAUGAAAUAGGUAAAUUAAAUUUGAAACUACUUUUUUCAUUUUUUACUUUUAGCUGGUGCCUCAAUUUCUCUGCUGUUCUUAGUUAUGAGUUCAUUGCUUUUAAUUGUUCCUCAUUAUCAUCAUUACUGAUAUCCAAAUAGGUACACAUAAUAUUUUGUCUCUGCCAUUGGCUAUGUUGUAUAAAUCGGAGUUACAAAUGUUGGGAUGAGAUUCUUCAAUUUUAUACUUAUAAUUUGUUGU